AUGUAUCGAGCUUCUGUCGAUAGUGUCGAUAUGACUGGAAGUAUAGAAGGACGUGAUGAUGAUCUGGGAGUUCCGACAACUUCUGAGCCAGUACGGCAGUUACCAUCAUUAAAACUCGAUCGAGGGUUUUUGCUCCAACAUGCACUCGAUGUGGAAUACGCAAUCGUGUGCCGCAAUCCUCUCGAUGGUAUUUACGUCGUGCCGAGUGCAAACGACCCACUGAGGUGGUUUGGCAUGCUGUUCGUCCGUCGUGGUGAAUAUGCCGGCGCCAUCCUGAGGUUUACAAUCCAGAUGCCUGCCGAUUUCCCAGCCACCAAUGAACUACCGGAAGUCAAAUUUGAAAAUGAUAUAUUCCAUCCGAGCAUCGAUCUGAAGACGAAAAUCUUGUGCAUGUCGAGAUACUUUCCCGACGGCUGGAAGCGUGACAAACAUCAUGUAUAUAACGUGCUACUUGUUGUACAGAGAAUAUUUUUCACCUCACAAUUCCCGCCGGAACAGGCUGCGAACCCAGAAGCUGCGAUUCUAUAUUCGAGUGAUCGGAAACGUUUCCGUGAAAUGGUGCUCUCUUGUGUGAAUCAGACGAGGGUUCGAAUCUAUGAUGAUCCGCCGCAAACGAACGACCCAAAUGCUAUUUGGGUCAGCCCUUGGAAUUCUGAAAUACAUGAGCCGCAAAGGAAGCAAAUGAUGCUGUUAGGAAAGGGGCUUGGAUCAGAAACGCAAGCGUGGAGUGAACGCGGGCAUAAGGGUGGCUUUUCAUGGUUGGACACCGAAAGAAUGACCUACAUGACCGAGCCACUAUCUUCGCAUCAGGACGAAACAAUGGAAAAAGCAGCUGUUGAUCGGGCCAUCCACGGCAUCGAACGACUUGACCUCAGUUCCAUGGACCGCGAUGAAGAUCAGGCGGCAGCACAGAAGGUAAACGGUGCUGGCGAAACGGAGUACGAAGAAACGGCCGACGUC